UCUCUCUAAAGUCUAGAGAGAGAAAAGCCGCUCACCCUCACUCGCUCCCUCUCUCUCUCUCUAAACUAAACCUACUCUCCCUGUGUGAGUUCACGGUUUAGAAUGAGAGAGAGAGAGGGAGAGGGAGAGAGGGGGAUGAGGGCGUAAUUAGGCCGAAAAGAGUUUCAGAAGGGUAAAAUUAAAUUGGCUUUCGUUGGUAGUGAAAGAGAGAGAGAAAGCACGGUAAAAAGGGGUUUAUUCACAGGUGGCAUGCAUUUUUUCUCUUGAAAAGAGAGACAUCCUUUUAAUCUUGGCCGCCACUUUUCUCAAUCCUUCCUCAAAUCCCCAUAAAUUGAAGCUGGGAUUUAGAGUCAUUUCCACAUGUACAAACUUCGAUUUAUGGGCAAAAAAACAGGGACCUUCUUCUUUUUAACCUCUCUGCUGCCUUGCUGGUACAAGCACAAAGAAGUUUGCCAUGGAUAAUGACUCCUCUACAUCUCUCUCAUGGCUCUAUCGAUUUUCAGAUUCCAUACCUAAAUCUCUUGGCACCCUUGGGGCGGCAUUUUGGUGAUGGCUCAUUUAUGGUUGAAGUGAGACCUUUGGUGUUGUGCUGGUAGAACAAGACAGUUUCAAUUAAUGGAUGUUCACCUUGAGUUGCUCUACUAUGGAUGGUCACGGACUCGAGUCAGGCUGGAUAUGUGAUUGAUAUGAGGGCAUCACUAGCCAGGUUGCUAUACUAAUCGUGAAAGGUUUAUCUUCCCCUACUUCAACCAUGGAUUCUCUCUCUUUGGAGGCAUUCCGUGCUGAUUCGUGGUGGGAUAUAGAGAAUUUGAGAAUCCAAAAUGGGAAGACUAUGGCACGGUUUGAACAUAAUGGAUCAGAACUUGAGGAUGUUAAUAUUCAACGCCUUCGCUUAAGGUCAAGGAAAGCAGAAGAGCCUGACUGCCGCCAUUUCUUGAAGCCCAACGUGGAUGUUUGUGUGCAGUAUUCACAUUUGAGUAAGAAAAAGCGCAGUAAAGGGGAGCUUCCAAAGGGACGGUGUGAUGCUAAAAUAACAUCUAUCCUACGGAGGCCUCAUAAACCAGAUUGUGAGUGCAGUUUCUUUGUAAGUUUUUACGGACGUGGAGAUUUGAAUGAGAAGAAGAGGAAGCGUGUUCUUGACCGUGAGACGAGAGCGGUGAAAAUUAGCCAUCUAUUUAUUCUUCAAAAGCCUUGUAUCAUGACAAAUGAAAACAACCAGGCCCAUGAUAAACCAUAUGAUGACUGCCCUUCAAUACGUGUGUCUAAAUUGUUCAAUGCGGCUGCUUGUUCUGAAGUGGCAUGGUUAGUUGUAGUCUCAACUUUGCGAGGAAUGAUAUUUGAUAUAAGGAUCACACAGAAUAGGAUAGCUUAUCUUGUUCUUAAUAGAGAUGGUAGACGCUUUGGAUAUGAAAGUGAAAGUACAGGUUUUAAUAAUAGUUCAACUGAUGACCAAGUUAAUGAGACAGAUUUUGGGUCUCUUCAUGGGGUCAAGGAGAUAUGUUUUCAAAUGAAAGAUGGUGUCAUGCAUGGACAAGUCCAAAAUGUGGAUAUUGUUGAACUGGCAAAACCAGGUUUCUAUGAAAAGGAAGGUGAUCUAGACGCCCUUGAUCCCUUUUAUCCCAUGGAGGAAGUCAAUUCCGAGUCUACUGAGUUCAUUGGUUUGAGGCGAUCUCAAAGGCAAAAGAAUUAUCCGGACCGUUUUGUGAGUUUCGAUCUCCCUUUUGAUAAAAAAGGUUGGACAGCCAAUCCUCGAACUUCUUCAGUAGAUAUAUGGGAAAAGAAGGAAAUUCCAUGUUCCGACCAUCCAUUAUAUUGUUUGGUAGAAGAUGAUGAGUCUUCUCAGAAUAGUCCCAAAAAGAUGAAGCAUGACGAUACCACCAUGGCAACUGGUUCUCCGGGUUCGGAUCAUUCCCAGAACCAAAAGAGACAUUCUAAGAGUUUGUUGAGCAAGAGCAUUACUUCAACUGUUUCCAGGGAGUCUAUGAAAAAAGGAGAACCGUCCUGUAAGAUCAUGGAGAAUGAUUAUAUGCUGCCACGAAACGAUCCCAAUAAGAUUGACGGGAUGGACAUUGUGAGAAAGAGAAGUUCUCAAAAUCAGAAGGAAGAAGACUCGUGCUAUAGUGAAAACAUCAGAAAACAUAGUGAAAGUCAAUGCACUGUGACAACACAGACGGAGAACCCAAGUGUUGGAAGAAAUGACUCUGACAAUGGUGAAAUUAGAAGUAUUUCCCCAAGCCAAAAAGUGGGAAGUGGGAGACUGCAAAAAGGACUGAAAGAAAAGGUACGAAGUAGUUUUAAAGUUCGACAAUGCAUACAGAAUUCCUUUUCAAAGAAAAGGUCAAGUGGUAUGAAUUCACUGGGGGUGAAUUUUACACGUUUGAGGAAGAAGAGGAAGAAAAUGAACAGUUUUGGCACACUUGAGCAUGGCCCAAACCUUGAAUGCUUGAUGAAGAGUAUUGAUUUAGCAGAGAAGAAGAAGCCACCACCUGUAAUAUCCCAGUGGGAAUUGCAUAAUAAGUCCAAUCCAAUUAAGUUUUCUGUGUGGCCUUCAGACAGUGAUAAUGAUAGAAAGAGUUUGGAGCAUGAAGACCUUUGGAAGGAAAUGGAAGAGGCCUUAGCUCUUUCUUCUUUCAAUGCGGCUCUUCAGGAGAUGAAGAUGGGAGAUUCUAAUUCAUGUGUAGGUGCCAAAGAGACUGAACACUUGUGCAAACAUGAAUACUUCUUGGAUGAACAAAUUGGAAUUAUUUGCCGAAUAUGUAAAUGUGUAAAGACUGAAAUACAAUAUGUACCGCCCUUGUUUGAUUCUUACACUAUUGGGAAAAGGAAACAACACAUUGAUAAAGUUUUGGAAGCAGAUGAGAUUCUUGAUGUGUUCACCAUGCCUUGCAAUGGCACUGUUUUAAGGGAAGCUCACAAAUUAGAAGAGUAUGGCAAUGUUUGGGCUCUUGUACCCGAGCUUGAGAGAAAACUACACACACAUCAAAAGAAAGCAUUCGAAUUUAUUUGGAGGAAUAUUGCAGGUACAUUGAACCCGAAAGAUAUGGACUGUGGGUCCAAUCAAACUGGGGGUUGUGUUAUUUCUCACUCACCUGGAACGGGAAAAACUUGUCUCAUUAUCUCAUUUCUCAAAAGCUACUUGGCCUUGUUUCCGGGUAGUCGGCCAUUAAUCCUUGUUCCAAAAGUCACUCUCUACACAUGGAGCAAAGAAUUCGAGAAGUGGAAUGCUGAUGUUCCCUUGUACAUUGUCCAUGCAUGGCGAGACUAUGAGAGAAAGGGGAAUGUUCGAGAAAAAUCAGGAAAUAAUCGAAAGUUACCCAGAAGAAUUGCGCAUAUAACAGACUGCUUAAAGAAGAUACAUACAUGGCAUGAGUAUCCAAGUGUACUUCUGAUGAGUUACCCCACUUUCUUCUGUAUAACAAGGGAAAGGUGUGAGUACAAGAAAAAAAUGUCAGGUGUGUUGUUAAAUAACACGGGGCUUCUAAUACUCGAUGAAGGACACAAGCCUAGGAGCAACAGCUCCAAGUUGAGAAAGGCACUAAUGGCAGUUAAAACAAGCAAGAGAAUUCUCCUCUCGGGAACUUUGUUCCAAAAUAAUUUUGAGGAGUAUUUCAACACGCUCUACCUCGCGAGACCCUCCUUUGUUUUUGAGGUGUUGAUGGAAUUUCGGGAGGUGCAAGUAGCUAAUUGUGGCAUGGGAAGCCCAGACAUGGAGAGAAGAAAUGAGAGGGUAGCGAGGGGCUUCUUCGUCGAUGAGAUAGCUCGUAGGAUAGACUCAGGGAUCAAGCAAGAACGCCAAAGGGGUCUUCAAAAGCUGAGAAAGAUCACAAGUAAUUUUAUUGACACUUAUGAAGGUGGGGUUCUCGAGAGUCUCCCAGGCCUGCAAACCUACACAAUAAUGAUCAAACCAACUCUAAUGCAACAGCCAAUUCUCAACAAUCUACAAAUGGCAAUUGAAAGAUCCAAGGUGUUCUCUCUUGAAUUGGAGUUCUUGAUCACAGUGGCUUCUAUCCAUCCUUGGUUACUAAAGACCAUGGGAUGUGGAAGGAAGUACUUAACUGAGGCUGAGAUUGGGGGGCUAAGUUGCCACCCCGAGCAAGGCUCAAAGGUGGAGUUUAUUGUGGACCUGGUGCAACUAUGUGCUAUUAAGAAAGAGAAAGUUUUGAUAUUUUCCAAAUACAUAGAACCAAUCAACUUUCUAGUGGAGAUAUUCGAAUUAAAGUUUGGCUGGCAGGUGGGUAAUGAGGUACUUGUUCUUCAAGGCAAUCAAGAUCUUUACGAACGAGGUGUAGUCAUAGAAGAAUUCAACAAAGUUGGAGGGUCAGCGAAAGUGCUUUUAGCUUCCACAUCUGCUUGUUCAGAGGGAAUUAACUUGACUGGGGCAUCGAGGCUCGUGUUAUUGGAUGCUGAGUGGAACCCAUCAAAGAUAAAGCAGGCCAUAGCUCGAGCCUUUCGACUUGGCCAAGAGAGAAUGGUUUAUGUGUACAAGUUAGUGGCUUUGGGGACCAUUGAAGAGGAUAAAUACAGGAAGACAGUGUGGAAAGAGUGGUUGUCGAGAUUGGUCUUUGAGGGUGGAAAAGCGGAGGAAUCAACCCAUAGGCAGGCAGAACACAUAGAGGAUGAUAUGUUGAGGGCAAUGGUUGGACAAGACCAAGGCAGGAGGUUGCAAAUGGUUACACAGGAGAGUGAUAAGCAAGUUUUGGGUGCAAGAUUUGAGGAUCAAGUAGUAUAGUGAUAAGCAUGAUUUUGGGUGCAACAUUAAGUGGUAGCCUGCUUUCUCCAUCAAGAAGUUUGAAUGGGAAGUGAGACUCACCUGUAAUGGUGAAUUUUGGGUUUGUUUUGAGGCUUGGACUGCAUUUACUUAUGGUGAAAGUUUGAACCUUGAUGGAGAAAUGGUUAUUAUCAUUAUUGUAUAUCUAUACCAUACAUACUAAAUUCCUUGGGCCCCGUUUGGACAUCCUAAAUAAGGCGAUCCUAACCCCAUUCAUUCAUAUACUUUUGUGGCGGAAUGCAUGCCAACUUGCUGCACCAGUAUUCAUAGGCGCAAUGUCAAAACUAAAACCCCUCCCUCCCGCCUUCAAUAUUGGGGUUAUAUAAAUAGAAAUAAAAAGGGAAAUAAUAUUUUUGCCUCUA